GCGUGUGGUCCGUUGAUACAGGACAGUUUCCUAACGGCCGUACGAAGGUUGUGGAUGAAGGACGGAGGUCCAUGCUGCAGAUCCUCAGUCGCCCAGGUGCCGCGCUUCUACUACUACCAGAAAUAGUCAAGCAUGGCAGUUACCAGAAUACUAGUGGCUUUUCUAGCAAGUUUAGUCUUCUUUUUAGCAGAAAAUGAAGCACUGCCUACGACGCCUGAUGUGGCUUCCAAUGAGAUCUCGACAAUAGAGAAACUAUUCAGUCCCAUUGCAACCGAUCCCUAUACGGACCCCAGUACUGAUGACGAAGGAACAACAGAAGGAAUAACGACACCAGAACCGGAAGACUCGCCACCCUGGAGGGCUCACAGGCCAUCACACCCCUGUCACCGUCCCUGUCUGGAAGGAGGGUCUCGUAUGAUCUGCCACUACAACUUUGCCGUCGAGUGGUAUUACGCCAUGAGCAAGGCUUGCUUCAACUGCAGUCAAAACUCCUCCGACUGCUUCAGGCCUGACUGUGUCGCAGCAAAUGGUGUAAAGCGGACAAUCAUUACUGUCAACAGAAUGCUUCCUGGUCCCAGCAUAGAGGUCUGCCUAGGAGAUCACAUCAUAGUGGAUGUAGCCAAUCAUUUGUCAGAAGAAGGUACGAGUAUCCACUGGCACGGCCACCACCAGAGAGGUUCCCCCUACAUGGACGGUGUGCCAUUCAUAAGUCAAUGUCCGAUACCAUCCAACUCUGUGUUCCGCUACCAAUUCGUUGCUGACAACCCUGGCACACACUUCUGGCACUCUCACACUGGAUUACAAAGAGGAGAUGGACAUUUUGGAAGCCUGAUCAUCCGAACGACGGACAGUAACAACCCUCACUUGGGGCUGUAUGACGAGGACCUGUCUGAACACACAGUUUCAAUACUAGACUGGUCACACCAGCUGGGGGUUGCCAUGUUUACCGCUCACUACCACAGUGACGGUGACAACAAGCCCAAGUCCAUGCUGGUCAACGGCAAAGGACGCUUCUACAAUGACACGCAGCAAGUCACCUCCACUCCUCUAGAAGUGUUUACAGUUAGACAGGGUGUGAGAUACAGAUUCCGUGUGAUCAACGCUGGAGUCCAGAACUGUCCUAUAGAGUUGUCAAUAGACAACCAUACCUUGACUGUUAUCAGCAGUGAUGGAUCAGACUUCAAGCCCAAAAUAGGUAUUGGAUUCAUUCUGUUAGUCCUGUCUUAUAUGUCUGUCCGAGGGGUAUUUUAAGAAAAAAUAUAUUUUUUACGGAGCAAGAU